GAUUGAAAACAAAAGAAAGUUAAUUAAUAAAUAAAUGUUACAUUUUUAAAUCACAUGAUUUGAAGAUGUUCAUGUUAUUGCAUCUGAAAAAAAUCACAAUACUAUCUCCUCUGAUCACACUCUUCACGUAUUUUCCUGGACAGCCUCGGUUUGUGUUUACUCCUCCGGUCCUCCCUACUUUGCAUGAGGCUGCCAGCUGGGCUGUUCCUUGAACGCACCUCCCUCUUCCUGAGUGGCUUUUCUACUUGUGUCGCUCACUGAGAGGGAGUUGUGUGAGUUUAAGCAGCCUCAGCUCAGUCCUCGGGUCAGGACCUCCACUGUCUGAUAGCAGCAGUCACAGUCAGUACACAAGCGCGAGGAUCAAGUCAGACUUUGACUCGUGCGUGAAGCUGGACCAGAGAGCGGGACAAACACCAGCACCGUUUCCCACGGACUAAUCUCCCCAAGAGGGCGGGGGUUGGGUUUUUGUUGUUGUUGAAGGGGUAGCACUCAUUCACACACACCCCUCCUCCGCAGCAUCCUGGGCAGCAGGUCUUGUAGUCAUUUCCACUUUCACGUUCAGCAGCAGUGUGCAGGCGAGCGAAGCCUACCACCAUGCCGAGCAAGAGCCAGUAUCUGCGCCCGCGGCUGUGCACGCUGGACAAGGGAGACAACGGCUACGGCUUCCACCUCCACGGGGAGAAAGGUAAGACGGGGCAGUUCAUCCGGUUAGUGGAGCCCGACAGCCCGGCUGAAACCUCGGGGCUCCGCGCCGGAGACCGGCUGGUGUUCGUGAACGGGGACGACGUGGAGAACGAGAGCCACCAGCAAGUUGUGUCUCGGAUACGAGCCACCAAUGGCCGGCUGGAGCUGGUGGUGGUGGACCCGGACACGGAGCAGCUGCUGAAGAAACACAACAUGAAGUGUCUGAAGGAGCAUGUCAGUGACGGUGUCCCGCUACCCUUCGACGAGGAAGAGGAGGAGGAGGAGGGGGAGGAGGAGGAGGUGGACGGGACAGUAAACGGGGAUGAGGAGGAGGAGGAGCGGGAGGGGACACCCAGGGAGUCCACGCCGGUCCCGGAGAGUAACGGAGAAUUUCACGUGCACGUCGAGAAAAAGCUGAGCAUCAACUCUGAGAAGGAGGUGUUGCGUCCUGAACUGCGGCCACGUCUCUGCGUGAUCCAGCGAGGGUCGAACGGAUAUGGCUUCAACCUGCACAGCGAGCGGGCGCGGCCGGGCCAGUACAUCAGAGCUGUGGAUGAAGACUCUCCAGCAGAGAGGGCCGGCCUGCUGCCCAAGGACAGGAUAGUACAGGUGAACGGUCUGUCAGUCGAAGCGAAGACGCAUUCAGAAGUCGUGGCCGCCAUUAAAGCCGGUGGGAAUGUGGCCCGUCUGCUGGUGGUGGACUCCAACACAGACGCCUUCUUCAGGAAGUGCCGAGUCGCCCCCGCCUUGGACCAUCUCUCCGGUCCGCUGCCUGAGCCGGUCAUUAAUGGAGAAAUGGAGGAGAAGUUGAACGGUAGAGGGGCCAAAGAGGCAGAGAGGGACUCAAAGCUGUCCGUCAGUCCUUCUCCAUCCAACGCCUCGUCCAACAUCUCGCUCACAACCCCGCCCGCAAACACCCCACCUGAGGGUUUUAUCGCGGACGCCAUCCCAGGGCUCAACCUGUCCCUGCAGCAGGUCAAAGAGCUCGCCCACCAGAAACGCUCCAACAAGAGAGCCCCGCCCAUGGACUGGACCAAGAAAAAUGAACUCUUCAGCAACCUAUAGGCCACCUCAGCUCAACACACACACACAUCUUUUAUAUAGUUAUUCUUAGGAAGAGACAUUUUUUUUAUUGUCAUGACAUUAAAAGAGCAGUUUAACUAUUGGCAUCAGACAAAUCAAGCCGUUCUGUAAAAUAUAGUAUUCUUCUUCUUAUUACUCUCCGUGUAAUUAUAACCCAGAUAUUCUAUAUAUGUAUAAUGUGCUACUAACAGUGAAAGAUAUGCCAAUGAAGGAGAACUGAACAUGUUGAAGAAGUGUGUUUGUGUGUGUGUGUGAGUGUGUGUGUGUGGACCCUGACAGUCCCUGCUGGCCAGAGUCUGGUGCCUGUGGAAACGAGGAGGAGUUGAUCGUUAGGCUUAAACGUUUAAAGAUCUCCUCCUCCGUCUGCUCCUCUUGUCUUUUCAAAGUUUCUACUAACAUUUUAAACAUCACAGUAACAGGAGUCCAACCAGCCCGACAAUCAGUUCAUCGUGUGUUUGUGAGAUCAGACCUCUGACUGAACAGCAAUGUGUUUAUGUGUGUAGAUUACAGUUUACAUGGUAAAGCCCUUUUUGUGAUAUUCAAAAAACAGUAUAUGAUCGGAAAAUAAGGUAAUAAAACAACAUUGCUUUCCUCAUAGAAUGAUUCCUAAUAUGAACUUCCUUACUGAUGGCUUUAAACUGGAAAUAAUGUGUUUUAAAAUGGGUUCUCUUAUAUUGUAUACAUAUACGUAUGCAUAUAUAUCAUUUUUACAUACACUCUCUUAGUCGUUCCUUGCUACCGUCCACCAUUGUAUACAUACUUUGUCUGAAUUCAUGAUAUCAUCUCUUAUUAAAUGUGAACUACAGUUUAUUAUGAGUAACUUAUACCGUCCUGUCCGCUGUGAAUGGCCGUUAAGUUCAUAUUUUGAUCAUAUGGAAUAAGUUUAUCGCCCUCGUGAGAAAUGAGAUUUUUACACAUUUCUAUCAAUGUCUUAAAAACAAUAAUUCUGUAACUUUGAGGUGAUGUAUUUCUAAAACAAUGUCCGUGCUUCACUAGAUUUUAUGCUUUUGUCCAGUUUUGAGAAUAGUGAUGAUUUUUCAAAAUGAAAGAUUUAAUUAUAUGAAGGAUUUUUGUAGCUUGUGUAAGAAGUAAUUUCUAUACUGUAAUAAAUCAGUCAUCACAACAUUA